GUGUGUGUGUGUGUGUGUGAGAGAGAGAGAGAGAGACGCUGCAAGGGGACUCCGUACUGUCCCGGGACAAGCCCCUGGACUCCCAGCCCCAGGGGGGAGAUGAACUGCUCCGACUGUGGCCUCUGAGACCAGGAGCCGAGCUAUGGAUCUGGGCACCGCACUGUUCAUUCUGGGCUGCCUCUGGCCCGCCACUCGGAGUGACUGGAUUCCUCCUGAAUACAGCAGAUCUCAGCAGCUCAUCCCUCAUCGAGCCCAAGGUGCAAAUGCCAAGGAUUUGGAGAACCUUUAUUCAGUGUCUGUGGUUGGAGAAGGCCAUUGGCAAGCUGUCCAUAUGACACACAGCCCAGAGCCAGUGGUGCAAGUUGCCAAACCUGCAGAGUGUAAGGUGAGGCCCACAAUCAUCGAAAUCACACGAAGCAUGGUGGACCGUACCAGUGCCAACUUCUUUGUGUGGCCAUCCUGUGUGGAGGUGCAGCGAUGCUCAGGUUGCUGCAACACCAGGAACUACAAGUGCCAGGCAACCAAGGUACAAGAGCGACACAUACAGGUAGUCACAAGGAGAAUAUGUCGUCACCGACGCUGUGCAAACAGAAAGGCAGUGGUUGUGCUCUUAGACCACGUGGAGUGCAAGUGUAUGACCACAGCUCAAUAUGCAGAUUCCCGGGAGAGACCAAGAUCUUUGGUGACUGCAGUUCCCACCAUGAUCCAGACUCGCGUCUACAACAAACGCAAGUAUCGGAAAUUCAAGCACAUCAGCGAAGGCAAGGGACUGGCCCCAAGAUAGGAGCAGGCAGCAAAAUUCAGGUGUCCUACACCAGAUCCCACAGAGUCUGGCUGAAGUUGCAGUCAGUCAGUGGGCUGUCAGGGGCAGCUGCUCACAAUCAUUCAUUCCAACUGGGAUCUACUGGAUUUUCAACCUCUUCAUAGCCCAACGUAAGGACUUCAGGAACUGCAGAGUCCUGGAAACGGACAAAACAGAGACAAAUGUGCACUAAAGACUGAAGCUGAUUCUUAAUGCGAACACGAUGCUAAUGACCACUGGACUUGUUUAGCUCCAUGUCUGUGUUGGAGUGAUAAAUGGACAGCAGUCAAUUCUGCAUGGACACUCGGGCUGUUUGCACUGUAUAUUUUGCUUUUUAAUAUAUUUUCCGUAUUUAACGUUGAUUACUGUGACUGGAGUUAACAGCAUGAGGGGAAGGCAGGUCACCAGCUGGUUCUACCUGUUUGAGUGGCCCUUUAAAAAGGGUCACCCACACGUUUUGAGUUUGUUUUCUGCCCCUACCCCUCCCCAGGUGCUGAUAUGAUGCCCACUUCCACCUCCUAGCUGGUGCUAACUGCAGUGCUUGCCUGGUUUUAACAUUCUUUGGGAUCAGUGCAGGUGCCAGAUCCAGGAUUGGAAGCUAGGCCAGGUCAGGGUUCACUGCUGGCCUGUGAAAGUUGGCACUCGCUCCCCGCUAGCUUCGCUUGUCAGUGCCUCUAGCAGGGUAACAGUUAACCGGAUGGAGCCUGAAGCAGUGGCCUGGGGCACUGCCAGUGAAACCGCUCUCUCUCUUCGGGGAGACACGGCCCCUCCUGCUCCUGCGAGCUAAACGUGCUGCAUAGUUGAGGAGCUGACAGCACGCCUGGUCCUUGCUGCUUGUUUACACUCGCCUGAGGCAAAGGAUUGGCCUCGUACUGGAUGGGAGCCAGGAGCUGUGAUCAAACCCCAGCUGUGAAUCUAACUGUGGCACCAACACCUUAGCGAGGGCUGUGCUCCAAAUGGAGCAGAGGCAAGGAAACACGGCUGCAGAGGACAGGCCCGGAAGCAGGGAAUGGAUUGCUCGGUGAUGGGGCUGGUGUGGGUGAAGUUACUUUGCUGUAGGCUACUUACAGUGUGGAAUUCUCCUCAGUGGCUCAUCUGUAUUAUACACUGGAAUGGAACCUUUUUUCAGGAUAAAUAUUAUGACUAUUUAUAUAUUUAAAAUUGUAAAGAUUUAUAUGAAACACCAAUA